AGUCUUGUGUUCACUAGUGACUACAAUUUUAAGCUAUCAAAGCGGUUAUACCAUUGGCAGUUCAAGGCCCCGGAAAGGUCUCUGUAGGAUCAGCCGGAUCAAUCAUUACAUGUACAUUAUCUUGAGUGCAGUAUCUGCGUGGAUGCUACUAGUAGCUAGCUUUUGGACUGGUGCGAGACAAAGCGGCUCUCAUCUAUUGGUACUGCAGUUGUUCAAGUCAUCGUCAGGAGCAGCUCAAAGCUACUAGCUAGAGUGCGUAGGCAGCUUGAGAGUUGAGAGGAGAGACUCAGUGAAUCUUUGCGAAAAUGCCGGAUCCAACCGACACGACCAAGAAGCAUCAAAAAGACGGCAAUACAGAAGGCGAGAAACUAGACGAGAAAAACGCUGACAAGAUGGAAGUAGAUGAUGCCGAGAAGGAAGAGGGCAAAACUGGAACGGAUACAGAUUCUGGAGAGAAAGAAGAGGAUGAAGAAGGUCCAUCCGACGAUGAGGACGAAUAUCAUCAUAAGUGGCUUGACAAAGGGAAGCAACGCAGUGGGCGCACGGAGUAUGAAUCGGUCCUAGUGACUAUCAAUACUACGACAUUUCGAGUCAACAGAAACGAUUUCGUGCUCCUGUGGAGCGAUCAAGGUGAAGAUGACCAAAAAGAAAACGAAAAGGAGGAAGGGAAAAAGGAGUCCGUGGAAGAAAUAUGGCAGUCUGCCGGAUGCGCCAAGGUCGAAGCCAUGUGGGAAGAACCCGCCAAAUCCGGACGUAUGCAAGCCAUGUUUCAAGCCAGAUGGUUUCUAAGGAAACAGGAUCUCUCACGAAUUCUCGAUGGCGAUGAGGUUGUUGGAGACUUGACGCUAAAGAGACUGAUGAAUCGAAUGCAACCACGCGAGGUGGUUGAAUCCCUGGAGGUCGACAAUUAUUUCUUCGGUGUGUGCGGGGGGCCUGCAAGAAUCUUCUUUAGAGAUCCACCAACAAAAGAUGAGGACAAGGAAAAGCAAAAUCCACUUCCAAACGACGCCUUCAUGUGCCGCUACGCGCUGAAGAAAUUGGAAGAUUUGUCUGAGCAAACUGAUGGCGAGUCAGCAGCUGACGACGACCCCAGAAAGAAAGCCAAACGUCGUUUGCAGGUCGUUCCGUACGAAGCUGACAGCAGUGGGGACGAAAAUGACGAUGAUGGUGAUCCGAAUGACAUCAGCAAUCAAGAGAAAAACAGCAAGAAGCGUCGCCGAAGUGACUCCGAAAGUGACACCAUGGAUGAACCGUCAUCGGGCCAAGAAGGAUCCUCCUCGGACGACGAAUCUAAAGUUGUACAAGGAGAAGGGACCCUGACGUCUCAAGGGAAAAUUAGAGUCGGGCCCAAGUUUCAGGUGCCUGUACCAGCCUUUGAUGCGAACGUAAAGGUAUCGUCCAGAACGAGAAACCCCACCCUGGUAUGGAGCGCUAGCAAAUCUCCCAGUGAAGAAUCGCUGAAGGAGUACUUCGAGAAGGCUGCGGCCAUUCUGACUCCAUUUGCCAAACAACAGCUGCUCGUGGCAGGAGCCGAACCUUUUGCUUCGAGACCCUUCGCCCAAACGGACAAAGAUAAAAGAUGGGAAGUUUCGUUUGUCUCCACAGCUGCGGCGCUGGCCGCUUUGCCGGCCGAGAGCAUGUAUCGAGAAUGUGACUCUGAUGCACUUUUAAAGAAUCUCGUUGAUCAAAACUACGACGUGGAGGCCGCAGUAGGGAUGGUAUCUGCUUCACCCAGGGAUUUUCUCUCGAGAUGGACUCUUGCAGAACGAGAGGGUUUCGACGGAGCAUUUCGGAAUCACGGUGGCUCACUUCGAUCCGUUGCAACAAGUUUGUCCUCGUUGUCUUCUGACAAGACUCAUCGCCAGAUAAUUGACUACUACUAUCGCUUCAAAAUCCCCGGUCAGUUCCAGCGUUAUCGCGAAAAGAUGCGAGAGCAAGCCGUUCGAAUGAGCGAACUGUUGGAAACCAAGAGAUUCCAGGAGAACAGGGAGGUGCAAGUCUCUCGACAGCAAGGUGAUGGUAGCGCUACUGGCGAACCAGAGAAUAAGAUUCAAGGAGGAGAGAAGGGAUCAGAAUCGGCAAACUGGUCUGAUACUGGGACUGGUGAUGUGUCUCAAGCAGUCGAAGGGAGAAGGUCAGAUGCCAAGCAACUGCUGUUGGAUAUUCAGCGCGAACUGGGCAAAGACAAGAUGGCUGAAGUUGGAGGGGCGAUUAUCAGUUUGAACCAAGGUUCCGAAGUCGAGUCGAAGGAAGCCCUCCUGCGUAUUCUGAAGAACCACCCUCAACUUCACCAGCGACUAGUAGAGUUUCUGCCUCGACGGUUCUGGAAGUGACUUCACGUUGGACCUUCACUUUUGUAGUCAACAACUUCUACUAUAAAAAAAGCAAACUAUAGUACAAUGGAGUUGUUCCUCGCC